GUUACUACUUUGACAUUUGCAAAAUGAACUGUCAGGUGAUCAAUUAAAAACAGGUGUUUAGCAUAAUUUUUGAAGUGUUUUGGCCUAUCCUAUCAUUAAUAGACCUCGAUUUGCCAUUGAGAUUAAAUGCACAAUCAAAAAACUUAUUGCCAAAUGUUCUAAAUCAGAGAGAGGUAAACAGCGGCAGUUGAGAAAAUGACGCGUCCAAUUGUGCCCAUUUUACUAGUUUUUAUCACAAUUUGCCAUUCGCAACUUUUCGAAAAUACACGCGCGAGCACGGUGAGAAACAACUGUCCUCGCUUGUACCCGAAAAUCUUUCAAGGAUACGUACCGCAGGGCAACAUAAGCGCUGGUACGUAUGUCGAAGUGCCCGAUCUGAACAACUUAAAACAGUGCGUUGUUAAGUGCUGUGAAAAGGAAGAGUGUAACGUCGCAUUUCGAACAGAUGAGAAGUGUUAUCAUAUUACGUGUGAGAGAAGCGAAACGUGCGCUCCGGUUGCCAAUCUAAAUCGGGAAUCAAUUCAGCAUAUUGCGAUGGUGUUGGUUCGACCCGUCAAUCCAGAUGAAUCCUGGAAUGAAUUCAUUCAAACGGAGAAUCCAGCGGAUGAUGUCUCAGAUCGUGAGCUGUCUUACUUACUAAGCGAUCCGCACAGACUGGAGGAUGCGUACAAAAGCCUACUGGAAGCGGGAGGAUCCACCUAUGACUAUCAAAUCAGUUGCAGUCUGGGUAUACCGUCCUGCCCGGAAAACGAAGAAUGUUUACAGAAUAAUGUAAAAUCCCGCGCAGGUACCUGUAAGUGUAAGUCUGGUUAUAAACGAAAUUGGGAAGGCGUGUGCAUUCUCGACGUUAAUAAUAUGUCGGAGUCAACGCUUAAUAUAAGUAUACCACCGGAAACUAAGAAACAUCUAACCGUAACCGCCGAAUCGAAGGAAGUCAAGUACCCCACCAGCGAAGUCACUAUUAUCGCCUAUGUCGAACCUGCUGCGCCGGAUGGGGUUAAGUAUCAGUACGACUGGAUUUCACUACAACAACCCGCCGGAAGUGCCGCCGUCAAGCAUCAGAAUGGGGAGGAAAUGCACUUGUCUAAGCUUUCCGAGGGAUUAUUUACUUUUAAGGUUAGUGUCUCUAGCGACGAUGCCUAUGGCGAAACGUUUGUUAAUGUCACCGUCCUGCCGCCUUCUAGAAUUAAUCAACCGCCAAAAAUUGUUAUCACUCCUGCGAAUCAAACAGUCAAACUGCCAAACACUGGCGCCGUCUUAGACGCGUCCUCCUCCACGGACGAUGACGGCAUUGUGUCAUGGCACUGGGAGUUACAACAGGGACCAUUGGGAUACCAACCGAAUCUCAAGGACACGCCCACACUGCAAUUGAACGAUCUCACCAAUCCGGGAAAUUACACCUUUAAAUUAACUGUAACAGACACUGACAAAAAUACUUCAUCGGCGAUUGCUAACGUUACAGUUUUGAAAGUGACUGAUUACAAGCCGGAAGCCAAUGCUGGGCAGGAUGUAAUUAUUUAUUUACCACGUAACGAAAUUACACUGAAUGGUAAUUUAAGUACCGAUGACCACGCCAUAACCACCUGGGAGUGGACUAAGAGCGCGGGUGAUGCGGAUAAAGCCGUAGACAUGCAAGACACGCAUACACCAUACUUAAAACUCUCCCACUUGGAAGAGGGAAUGUACACGUUUGCCUUGAAAGUCACAGACAGUGCCAAUCAGAGUAGCACGGCGGAGGUGCACGUGUUUGUAAAACCGCCGACCAAUCAACCGCCGGUAGCACAAGCCGGGGAUAAUAUAACAAUUAGUUUACCUCAGACAUGGGUCGUCGUCGACGCUGGUCAAAGUACGGACGACAACAAAAUUACCGCCUUCCGAUGGGAACAAGUCGACGGACCGUCUACCGUCAAUUUUGUUAACGCAAAUAUGAGCAGCACUAACGUCACUGGAUUAACAAAGGGACAGUAUAUAUUUAAAGUGUUUGUUACAGAUGAUAACAAAAAUGUUGCUAAUGAUACAGUGUUUGUUACCGUCGAACAGAACAGCAACCAAAAACCAAAGGCAAACGCAGGUGGCAAUUUCGAGAUCGAACUUCCCCAAAACGUCAUCUACAUCAACGGAUCGAAGUCGACGGAUGAUUGGUCAGUCGAGCAGUGGAAGUGGAUUCGCGACGACACUUCCUUAGCAAUGGGCGAUUUCGCAGAAGGUUCCGAUAGUACGCCUGUCUUAAUGUUGGUGAAUGCGGUGGCCGGAAAGUACGUGUUCAAUCUGACCGUCUCCGAUAAGCAGGGCUUGAGUGAUACAGACACGGUUCAUGUGACAGUAAAAAGUGAUCCUAAAUUGUAUUACCUUAUCGAAAUGGUUAUUGACUCGAAUAUAAAUCGUUUAUCCGAGGCACAGUAUAAAAUUAUUAAGGGAAAGUUGGCGUUGUUGGUUAAGGACGGUACAAAGUUACAGGUGAGGGGAAUUAAAUCAGACACCAGCACUAAUCAAGUGGUGAUUAGUUUCUAUGUUGACGAUGCUAAAGGAAAACCGGUUGAUGCAAAUGAAGUCGUUUAUUACCUACGGCAGAAGUUAAGGAUGGAUCAGAGCCUUUUAGGAUUUAACGUCAUGCGACUUCAGACUACAGUUUGUCAGAACAAUUGCUCUGGCCAUGGUGUUUGUGAUGAAAAGACUCGUAACUGUAUUUGCGAGUCGUUUUGGAUGCAGGAUUUAUUCAAAGUAUAUUUCGGCUCGGAUGAAGACUCAGAUUGCAGAUGGAGUAUUCUAUAUGUUGUUUUGGGAGUACUUUGCAGCAUAGUGACCGUACUAGCGCUGGUAUGGGGUAUGUUUUAUUUGUGUUGCAAUUUCUGCUCAAAGAGAAGGAUGAGGCCGAAACCUACCAAUUAUAAACUAAUCGAGGACUCCGAAGAUUUGCAGCCUUACUCGCGUAAAGGUGGCAACUUAUCUGAUAGUGAUACAGAUUCGGAUGUGGUCUUUGAGUCACGGACGAAACCUACCGGACGAUUUCAUAGGGACACUCGUAACGGCCACAAAAUAAACAGGAAUGGCUUUACUAAACUAAAUAACAGAAUGAAAACAUAGGCGAUUCUAGUAUGUUGUGGUGUAAAUGUUUUAGAUUUGUGCCUGUUUAAAGGAAUGUAUGUCGACAACGAUCUUGCUUAUUUUUUCAUAUGAUGGUUUCUAAAUUAGUAUAUGUCAAAUGAAUCAAUUCCUAGUAAUUUUAUUGAUUUCAAUAGUUACCAAUUUAGUACUUAAGUGAUAAGGUGGUAAUUUACUGUUACAAACAGUAUUAAUUAAAUUUUAGUAAUUGAAACUUAAUUUUAACCAGUGUGAUUAUUGAAAGUAUUAAUAUUUUUGUAUGAUGUUUUAAUUUAUGCAUUGUAAGAUACCUUAUAUCAUUUUCUAAAUUUUUCUAGUCCAACUUCGUAAAAAUUUAUGAAAAAUAUUUUUACAAAACUUUUAUAGCUUUAACUAACGCCUACAAAUUACAUUUUUGUAUUAUUUAUACUGAAUGUAGCUACACAUUCCACUGUAAUAUUAACCAACAUUAUACACGAUACGUCUAAGUAUUACAUUUUUUAUAAAUUCACUGUAUAUCUUGUUUGGUGUAUUUUUGAGUCGAGGCCAUGUUCCCAAAAUACCAACUUGUAAUCUAUUUUUUUAGUUAAGAGUCGAUCAAAUAUGUUUUCUUUUUAUAUGUAAUUUUCUUAGCGUGAUACUAGCAAUCUAAUAAUCUUAAUUUUAAUAAAAUAAUAAAAACUUAAUAGGAUAUCGGUUUAUUUGCACAUGAUCUCACUAAACGUCCAAAAAUUUUGUUUAUUAUAACUUGCAAGACUUUUCUCAGCAACCACAACACAUCAUUUGUGUAAAGAAAAUUCUUUACCAAAGGGAUAUCCAUUCUGAAAUAGGUAUAUGUACGUACGUUAUAUUGUAGAAACUAUGAAAAUCAAAAUUAUACCACCCAAUCACACAUGCCAAACAUAAAGUGUUUGUUUCAUGUGGUCUGUCAUAAUUAAAUUUAAAUUAAAUAAACAUCAGAAUGUCCCAAAUUGAGUGGAGUGCCGUGGGCGACGUUUGAUAGGUAUUAGAUAAAAUGGAUACAAGUUUAGAACAUUUUAGUGAAGUACUAAAGCAUAGGUGAACUCCUAAUUAUCCAAUUAUAUGGGGAAUGCUCGCUUUUUCACAAGCCAGUACAAACUUUUGCUAAUUAAUACCAAACAAUUCUUUGUUAAUGCUAAUAAAUUGGGUUUAGAAAAAAAUAAUGAAUAAAACAUUGUAUAGUUGGCUUAUUCGAAAUGGGUGCUACCUUGAGGGUAAACCAGUUGUAUACAGGGAAUUUUUCUUAAAUACAGUUUAUGAUAUGGGCUAUUAUGUAUUAUGAUUUUAAAAAACUAUUGAACAAAUGGUUAUAGAUAACCAACAUCACACGCGACAAACGAGAGUUCUUUUUAAAAUACUUUCGCCCUUCAAGAAUUGACUAAUUGAAAAUUAAAUUCAAUUUUGUACUCAGGACGUAUACUUUCUUUGAUUAAAAAUUAUUAUUAAGUAUUAGGGUUAAGUGGAAGAGCAGAUUAUGAAACUCCCUUUUCAUAAAUCUGAACUUCGCCCUAUUAAAGGUGACUCUACGUUAGUUUUUAUUUUCUA